AAAAAAUUAUGUUAAUCAUUAACCUUUAUACUAUCUAUGCAUUGAUAAAGUUUGAAUGCACACCUCUUAACAGGUCUAAAAUUACUAAUAAAAGAAAAUGUCUAAAUUUGCUAUUACUGAAAUAUGACAUCAUAAUUCAUGCACCAUAAUUAAAUCUGAAAUUCUUUAAAUGUUAAAAUCUUGAGAACGAAAAGGGCUUUUUAAAAAAUUUAAAAAGACUUGUUAGCUAACUUUUUAAGCUCUAUAAUAUAAGUGCAACAUCAUUUUAUGCAUCAGGUUCCCUUUAAUAUCAAACAAGACGUAUGAUAUAUGCAAACAACCUUGCGAAUAAAGUUUACAAAAAGCUGUCUAUCAAAUUGUGAUUUCUGUUACGAAAGUUAGACACAACAUAUUUUGCUAUUCGGAUAGGGAAUAAUAUUUGUUAGGCAUUGCGCAGUUAUUUUUCAAAAUUGAUUUGUGAGAUCUUCUUGAACACGGAAAAUUCCUCGAAAUUUCAAUUUUCGUUGGGUCACUCUGGGGUAAGCUGACUGACAGGAAGAAGAAAGACCACAAGCCCCACCUAAAAUUUGCGAAAUUCAGUAAUUCAGUCAUGUAUAUGACAUGUAUAUUAUUAUGUAUAUACAAUUUUAGUAUUAAAAUAAUGAGUAAUCAAGGAAAAGUAAAAAAGCCAAAAAAACAGAGGUGGUAUCUUGGUGGUUUUGCAGGAGCUGGUGCAGUUCUGUUUACACAUCCACUGGACUUGCUUAAAGUUCAUUUGCAGACACAACAAGAAGCAUCUAAAGGACUUUUAAAACUUGGUGCAGAUGUUGUAAAGAAUGAUGGAAUUCUUGGUUUAUAUAGUGGAAUCAGCGCAUCGAUUCUACGGCAGUUGACUUAUACAACUGUAAGAUUUGGAAUGUAUGAAGUUGUCAGUUCAAAAUUGUUAGAAGGAAGAGAUGAUUGUUUGCCAUUCUAUCAAAAGUUAACCAUUGGUUGCUUCUCAGGAUUUAUUGGAGGUAUUGCUGGUAAUCCUGCUGAUAUGGUGAAUGUGAGAAUGCAAAAUGACAUGAAGUUACCUGUAAACAUGCGUAGAAACUAUAGUCAUGCAUUCAAUGGAUUAUACAGAGUUGCUGUAGAAGAUGGUUUUAGAACACUAUUUGCAGGAGUAACAAUGACUGCUACAAGAGGCCUUCUGAUGACAAUUGGUCAGGUUGCAGUGUAUGACCAAACAAAACAAAUGUUAAUGGGAACUGGAUACUUUGCAGAUACUAUUCCAACUCAUCUCACUAGCAGUAUCAUUGCAGGAACUGUUGCCACGAUCAUGACACAACCAUUUGAUGUAAUGAAAACGAGACUGAUGAAUGCUAAACCAGGCGAAUAUCAAAGUGUUUUACAUUGUGCUAGAGAUCUAGGAAGUAGUGGCAUUCUUGGCUUUUAUAAGGGCUUUGUACCAGCUUGGAUCAGACUUGGUCCACAGACCAUAUUAACAUGGUUGAUUCUAGAACAGCUACGCAAACAAUUUCCACUCAAAGAUUAAAUAUGAACGAGUUACAUAGAUUUACAAUCGUCUAUUCAACACGAAAGCCUUAUAGAGCGUUUGUCACAUGUCACAUCGUCUUGUGUCCUUUGGAUAAUCAAUGGGAUUUUAAGUGUAGUUUCCACUGCUGUAAUGUGUUGUAUGAAAUAUUGUACAAUUAAUUGUACGAACUCAUAUUCAAUAUUGUACAAAUACGCACAAAAAGGUUAUAAGUAGUUCAAACGUUCUUUGGUAAUUCUGCAAUGCCACAAUGCACAAUAUAUAGUGUCGUGGUUAUACCUGUACAAUAAAUUGUACACGAAUACAAUUGUGUGGAUUCCAUUGUAGCAGUGGAAAUUACCCUGGUGUUCCCAAGCCAUUUAUUUUUCUGUUAUCAAUUAUUUCUGUUAAUCCUGAUCCACGUUACCCUUUUACUGUAUUCAUCGACGUGCGUUUUGAAUGUGGAAGUUGUUUUAUAAUAUUUAAUUUUAAAGUUUUUUUUAUAUAACUGGUAGCUAUAGAUUUUUUAGCUUAAUUUGCAUUUUACAGAUAAAAACUAUACGUUCCGUUUCUGUUCCUAUGUCUGGAGAUUGUCCAUCAUGACUUCACUUUGCGUUAAAAUUGUCAAAUUUGAACUUUUUUUUUUUUUUUUUGUAUAUAGUAACGUUUUUUCACAGAUUAAAAAGCACAUUCUUCUUUCUUGUACACAGGUUCGAGUAAAUUAUUAUAAAAUUUUUAGGUCAAAUUUAAUGUUUACAUAUAUUUGUUGUUCAUUCCACGUAAUGAAUGUUGUUUCUUUAGUAGUUUUUCGUUCUUAUCACUAUUUUGCAGUGUUAAGGUGGCAGUAACCCUUUUAAAAAUUGGAAUUUUUUUUUAUACAUUUUAUAGUUACGAAAGGUUUUUUCAGACUAUAUACCUAUAUUUCUUCUGUUAUAAUACACUUGUCACGAUUUUAUGCCUAAAGUACUAUUAUCUUUCACUAAAAAUAUUCAACUUCAACAAUUCCUCUUUAAAAUAAAAUCUGCCGAAUAUAGUUUAAUUCAACGCGCUUGCGAAAUUGUACAGAAAGAAAUGACGUAAUUGUUAAAGAGAAACGUUAAUAACAACAAAGAUCGCGCAUUAUGUAGAAAUUUAAGACGAUCUUUAUUAUGCUACACUGCACGAGCUUUAACUUUCGAUAGCAUUUUCGUUUAAAAUUUUCAGACAUGCUUGGUGAACCAUGCAGCCGUGCUAGGGUGUGCGGAAAUCUUUUUAUUUGGAAUAUUUUCCUUUAACAGUUUUCGAUGCAGCAGGGGAUGCUAAUAAAGAAUCUUUUGAAAAAAACAGAAGGCUAUUGUUACAAAGAUAAAAAUAAACAAAAAAAUCCGCACACCGUUUAAUAGGGUUAACCCAAGGAUCAUUUAAAAACGGAAGCUAAUGAAAAAUAGUGAGAUUGUAAAAAUUUGAGCUCGUAAAAGUCGAUUUUUUUCUUGUUUAUGAUACAUUUUUAAAUAGAAAUUUCUGCUGACUAAGCAAUUUUAGUGUUAAGUUAAAAUCAUUUUAUUAUGUAUUAAGGCCUAUAUUUCCAGGAAAUAGUAAAAAAAAAUGGUAUAAAUAAAACACUAAGUAAAUAAUUCAGCUAUUUAGACAGCUAAAAAAGGGUUACUGCCACCUUAAGUCACUUUAAAUAAAGGUCAGUAUAAUAAUAAUAAUAAUAAUAAUAAUAAUAAUAAUAAUAAUAAUAAUAAUAAUUAUAAUAAAUAUUUAAAGUAGUUAGCCCAGAAAAUCACAAAAACCUAUAGUUAGUGGAUUGUUUCCACUGGGGGCCACUAGAACAAAAAAGAAACAAAAAAUGAUAGUAUUCCUUAAAUUUCAAUAAAUUUAUUUUUUAAUAGAUUUCCAUUUUUUCUAGUAUUUCUGUUGUAAAUAAUUAUCGAUAAAAUAGAUGAAAAUAUUAAAUUUUUUUGCAUAGAAAAGCUGAGAGUUACUGCUA